AUGCCUCAUAUAUGCAUGCAUGCUAAGCAUUACUUUGGCUCAUGCCGUCCAGAGUCCAGACCCAUUGAGCCAAUGAUGAUCAAGAACGUGAUCCUCCUAGCUCUCGUCUUGUCCAUACGACAUGAUUAUUGGGCAGAUGGCGCCUCAGGAACAAGAGAAUUGUACCCAAACCUUGUGAGCUCGCCGCAAUUGGCCCCGUACGAAGACGUGAUCGGAGGCGGGGCUUCAGAUCCGGCACACGACGUUACGCGGCCGCCGUACUGCGCGCACCCUCCCCCCGCGAAUCCAGCCUCACCGGCGGCGCCGUCGAUCCCCCCUCCAGCCGGUGUGCUGCCACCGUCCACGGCACCGGCCGGCAGCCCCCCAGCCAACGCGCCGACGAGCCCCGUCGCGGCCCCUCCGGCUGGUGCUCCUACGACGGGAAGCCCUACAACCGGUACAGCGCCGCCGGAUGCGCACGCGGGGCUCUGGUGCGUGGCGAACCCGACGGUCGAGAGCGUGGACGUGCAGGCGGCCAUGGACUACGCGUGCGGGUCGGGCGCCGACUGCGGCAUGGCUGCGCCCGGCGGGCCGUGCUACCUGCCGGACACACUGAUGGCGCACGCCUCCUUCGCCUUCAACAGCUACUGGCAGCGCGCCAAGGCCGCCGGUGGCACCUGCGACUUCGCCGGCUCCGCCAUGCUCAUCACCAAAGACCCCAGUUACAACGAGUGCCGGUAUGUUUACAUGUGAUUGGGACGGAGCUCUUCAGAAAAAUGUAGAUGUCUUCCAGGACCAUCUUGGAUCAUUCACCCAUUUUUUACGUGAUGUAUAUCCAUUAUACUCCAUCCAUCCUAAAAUAAGCGUUUUGGUUUUACGUAUAUAUGGAUAUAUCUAAACACAAAUUAGCGACGGAGCUAGUAUUCAGAAUAGCUUGACGACCUGUAAUGUAACGGAUAUAAGAGCAUCCCCACUCGUUGGAGGCCCCCGGGGCAUAAUCCGGAUAGAAAUUGGUCCGGAUUGGACCUAUUUUUGGCAUGGGGAGCUACACUUUUCCAGUCAUCUCCCCACACACGGCGCUCGUGAGGAUGCCUGGAAGGUGUUCGACCAGCAUCGACC